CCCCCCCCCGCGCGCACCCCGUAGACGACCCCCGCCCGCAUCCCGGCCGGCCCCCCCUUUCCAAAUUUAAAGGGGGCGCAGCAUUAACGCCUCCCGCCUCAGGUGACCUCUUAGGGGUCUCCCCGCCAGAGGUGCCCCGCCGCUGAGGAACAUGGCGAAGGUGGAGCAGGUCCUGAGCCUCGAGCCGCAGCACGAGCUCAAAUUCCGAGGUCCCUUCACCGAUGUCGUCACCACCAACCUGAAGCUUGGCAACCCAACAGACCGAAAUGUGUGUUUUAAAGUGAAGACCACGGCACCACGUAGGUACUGUGUGAGACCCAACAGUGGGAUCAUCGAUGCAGGGGCCUCGAUUAAUGUAUCUGUGAUGUUACAGCCUUUCGAUUAUGAUCCCAAUGAGAAAAGUAAACACAAGUUUAUGGUUCAGUCUAUGUUUGCUCCAACUGACACUUCUGAUAUGGAAGCAGUAUGGAAGGAGGCAAAACCGGAAGACCUUAUGGAUUCAAAACUUAGAUGUGUGUUUGAAUUGCCAGCAGAAAAUGAUAAACCACAUGAUGUAGAAAUAAAUAAAAUCAUACCCACAACCGCAUCAAAGACAGAAACACCAACGGUGUCUAAAGCUCUGAGCUCCUCUUUGGAUGACACUGAGGUUAAGAAGGUCAUGGAGGAGUGUAAGAGGCUGCAAGGUGAAGUUCAGAGGCUGCGGGAGGAGAACAAGCAAUUCAAGGAAGAAGACGGACUUCGCAUGAGGAAGACGGUGCAGAGCCACAGCCCCGUCCCCGUGUCAGCCACGGCUGGGAAGGAGGAGGGCCUCAGCGCCCGGCUCCUUGCUCUCGUGGUUUUGUUCUUCAUUGUCGGUGUGAUCAUAGGGAAGAUCGCCUUGUAGACGCGGCAGGCGGAGGGUGGCACACUGCGUUGACGGGCCCGCCAUUCUGUGGGGUUUGAAUUUAUCAUAACCAUGUGUCAAAAGAAGUUAAUGUAUGAUGACAUCUCACAGGUCUUGCCUUUAAAUUACCCCCUCCCCACGCGUGCGCACGCGUGCACAUACGCACAUACACACACACACACACACACACACACACACACAAAUUAUAACGUAACAAUCUUUUAGAAAGUUAAAAAUGUAUAGUAAGUGAUCGGGGGAACAUAAUGAUCUUUGUGAAUGACAAGGGAAACCGUGAUUAAACCAUAAUGGCAUGUUGGAAGUGUCAUUUUAAACAUUUGUAGCCUUGGUACGUGUGGCUGGACUGAUUACCUCUCUUAGAACGAGACAGUCUUCCUGCCGGUUGGUGCUGGCCCUCAGGGGAGCCGGAGCCCGGUGCGGUGGGGGUGGGGAGGGCCGUCCCCUCCCCAGAGCAACCCCCCACCCGCCCCCUCGCUCCCCGGGCUGCUUCUCCAUGUUCUGCCCUGGCCGUCGGUUCCCUGGGACUGACGAACAGGGUCAGAAGCCAGAAGAAUUGUGCUGUGGCAGCGUCAGAUCUGCCCGUCAGGAGCGGGAGGCGGACGGUGACCGACUGACCCACCACUUUGGAAAUUAAAGUCAAUGCUUUGUUCUCUUAAAGGGACCAAGCUGAAUUACUGUUGGUUCAUGUAGUGAGAUGGAAUUGUUCUUCAGAGAUGUGUAACGCAUAUUUAACUUAUUUAAUGUAUUUCCUCUCAUGUUUCCUUCUUGCCACGAGAUCAUGAUUAAUGCUGUGGCCUCCAAAUCACACCUGUGCUGCCGGAGGGCUGCGGGCUCCCCCCCCCCCGCCCCCGAGGCUCUGGGCUCUGCGUGUCGAUGCAGGUGGGGGUGCUGUGAAUGUUGGGAACAGCUGCCACGAAGUGUUUCUCUGUGUAGACGAACGACAGUCGUCAUCGAGAGGGAAUUUUUCUUAGUAUCAGCGGUCAACUCUGUCACCCUUUCUGAUGGAGAAGAGUAGCUGACGUUCUUUCUUGUUCCUUUGUUGUCCCUCAGCCACCACUUACACUUCCAGCACGUGUGCCCUGAGUCUGGUCCUGACCUUUCCCGUGUGGCCCUGGCCCGAGAUGGGGCGGCAGGGUGGUGGCGGAGCGGGAGCCAGCUGGGUGGGGGCGGGGAGAGGGGCCACAGGCUCUUCAGAUAGUCGUCAAGUAGUUAUUGGGAGUUUGACUGUAAAUUAAUUUUAUGCCAUAAAAGACCAAUCCAAUUCUGUUCGACUAUGUAGCAUCUUAAAAAGAAAAAAAAUUAAAAUAAAGCCCCAGAAUUAAGAGUUCUUUUGUCAUUUUGUCACCUUUGCUGUAGAGGGGAAAUUAUUAUUUUUAUGAUCCUCGUUAUUAUUUUGUUAUUGGAAGGUUGGCUUUAAAAUGAGCCCUAUCAAUGAAAAUACAUGUUUAAUGAUUUAAAUAUAGAUAUAGCUAUAUACGUGUGUGUGUGUGUGUGUGUGUAUGUGUGUGUGUGUGUGGCGUUGGCUUCAACUGAAAGUAUAAAAAUAAAACUGUUGAAAAUCUUAAGCAACUGGUCACCCUCGCCCUUCCAUUACCUUGCCCUUCGGUAGGAAAAGAACUCUCCUUUGGGUCAAGGAGCCAGGCAGGAAAGAUUAGUGAAAGGCAGGCUGAGUGCGGCUCCAGGGAGUGGGUGGGUUUGAAAAGAUGGAUCCAUCAAAAGGAAGAAGGUCGUUAGAAGUCAUUCACUUGAGUCACAUUGCUCCUGAACUUGGCUGGGGCACAAGGGCCUUGGCUGUGGCUCUGGGGGUCUGGUCAGGGACCUAAAGCCUGGCAGCUGGAUGCCUGUAGGCUGAGUAAGUAAGUAGCUUCUGUCUUCACGAGAAGUUCCUGUGCGUCCCGAGUGCUCACGGUGAACACGGAGUGGCCCUGCUUCUCAGCCACACACCUGUCGGUCAGACCACGUUGAGAGCGCCCGACCCAAGUAGAAGUUAGUGUCCAGUCUUCUCUCGUGCGUGCGGAUCCGGGGGCUUCCGGAACAGAAUGAGACGCUUUCUGCCAUGAAUUUUCUGUAAGCGGACUCCAGUCCAGGUGUGGGAGCUGCAGCAAACCACUCUUCGUGGCUGGCAGCACCCGAUGGCUUUGACGGGAAGUGACCAGCAGGGUCUCCAGCUGUUCCCGUUUCUCUAGAGCAGAGAGCUGCAGACUUGUUCUCGAAGGGCGUGGCUGUGCGUUCCCACAAAACCUCACUCACAAGAACGGCUGGUGGGAUUUGGCCGGUGAGGCUGGAGUCUGCCCGUGCCUAUCCUGGGGCGAGUGAGUUCUUGAAAAGAGUGCCUCGGAUAUCCGUUCUGUUUUGGGUCUUGCAAAGCAAUUUAGUGUCUCAUGUAUAUGUAGGAGCCGGCAUUCAGCUUCUCAAAGAUGAGGGCAUUUUGCUCACAGCUGAAAAUCUGAAUUUGAGAUCCAGAGUUGUCUUCUUUCUGACUAAUCAUCCUAUAAAAUCUCUCUUCUUUGGAGGUUAAGAUUUGGUGAGCGCAUGUUAGUUUAUGGAACUUUCUGAGCAGAAGAAGGGAACUCCCCGGGGAGAGAUGGAGGGUGAUGGUGGGCAGACUGGAUGUCAUGGAACCAUGCGGUCGGUGAAGGGCGUGUCAGGAGAGGGUGAGUGCGUGGGGGGCAAGCACUGCCAAGGGUCUGGGACCGUUGCGGGAGCCACAGACAGUCAAGAUCUUGAACCUGGAGGAGUACGCACGUUUUGAGUGUCUUUUGCUCAGAUGAGAAUGACAGAAGAGAAGGAAUGAGAGGAAAGGCAAAGAGGUGGAUGUGUGUUCCCCUGACGUGGGUCUGUCCUGCCCCAAGAGGAGACAAUCAGAACAAACUGGCCUGGCGCGGGCAGGGCUGAUGCCGGCCGGGGUGCCAGCCCGGAAGCAAGCCACCCCUCCCCCCCCGCCUGCCCUCGGGCACCGCUUUCCAGCCCCUCUGGGAGCGGUGCCCUCGUAGGGACCUGCCACCAAGCCCACAAAUACAUAAGCAAUGUAAGCAAUAAGAGAGUCCUCUAAAUUUUUAUUGAUUGAAUUUUUAAAUUGAUAAUUUAAGCUCUCUCCGCACAGUACCAAAAUACCUCUUGAAGACAGCAGGCUGUGUUAUUUGUAGGUAUGAGGACCCGGCUUUAAUUUUUUUUCCUUCUCCUAGUUUGCAUGUUUCGUUUCCCUCCCUAGUCUUCUAAAUUGCUGGCACCAGCAGUAAUAAAUACUGAUAAAAUCAAAAUUGAUUUUUACCAGUGGACAGUUUAUGCCUAGAGAGACGGCUUAUACCUACAGAACACAGAAGGGGGAAAAAUGAGGAACCUCCAGUGAUCCGUGAAAACCUAAACGCUUUCAAACAAAUCCCAGGAACAGAAUUGCUAUCGAAAGAUAUCAGCACGGACUUGCAGGCUGUGUUGAGUCAGAUAUAACUGAAUGCAGUGAUGGCUCAGAGCUAAAUAGCCUUUCAAAUUAAUUUGAAAACAAACUCGUGUGUGUGUGUGUGUGUGUGUGUGUGCGCACGCGUGUGUGCGUGUGUGUAGCAUAUGUACCAUAUGUAAGUAGCUUAACAUUUUUCAAAUGGUGCCUAUAUUUUUUGCACUCACAAAUCUUUAUAUUUGCAAACUCAGAAUCCAUGCCAAAAUACAACAGCGUUUGUCAUUUUCAGUCCCUUUCUCUAAAGAACUGGACCAUUUACAAGUUUCUGGUUACGGUUUGUGGAAUUCUUGGUUUGAAAAGGAAAAAACGAGAGAGAUGGGACCUGGGCGUCAGUCACCUUGAACCCUUGAGUAACGCCCCUCUCCCAGCCCUUCUCAGGUGAAGAGGCCGCUGCGCCCCCUGCUGGCGAUGGCAGCUCACUGAGGGCGUCUCGCGCGGCCUGUGCUCUAGGGCGGCCUCCCCGGCCCCUUUCUGUUGAGUCCAUCCGGCUGGAGGCGGACCGACUCAAACUCUGGAGUUGUCAGAAGCGAGCACUCUGGGGAGCCCUGUCUCGGUGAAGCUUGGGUGUGUGUGCCGCUGGCUGGAAGCGAAUGCUUCCAAAGAUCAGCAGAAACGGACUUGUAUUUAGAAAGCCCCCCGAACAGUGGACGGAUGUCCCUGGUCCCCGUGCACAGAUCUGUCGCGGCCUGCGAUUACUCUCCGGUACCCGAAGGGCAGCUCGGAGACCACACGUGCCGCACGUAAAGUGGGGUCCCUCAGGGUGGCCCUGGCCUGAUCGGAUUUGUAGGUGGCUUCCCCCUCCCCUCCCCUCCCCUUUUUUUUUAGCCUUCCGCAGAGCCGCUUUGAUAGGGGCCUUUUAGAGAAAGUUGCCACUGUUGCGACGCUCCCUCCGCGCCGUGCCGAGUGUUGCCGGUACAUUCCGUCACUGGGCCGAAUCCUCCCGACUGCUGUGACCCAGGGGGCACGGGGGCUGUGUUGCGCACACGAGGAAAUGGAACCUCCGAGAGGUUGAAUCGAGCAAGUGCUUAGAUCCUCUCAUUUGGCACCAAGGGUGCCUCUGAGCGGGUCCCACUCGGAGCAGUCGUGUGUAAGGCUGGUGAGCGAGCUCUCCCUGCCCCGGCCGCCCCGACCGGCCGCGCACCUCGAUGGGUUCGCCUCCGUAGCUUGUGCGCUCAUUCUGAAGACGAAGCGAGCUUCGCCGAGAUGCGUUUCAUUUUUCCUUUUGAAACUAAACACACUUCAGGCGGUGCAGAAACGCGCGUGUUUCCAUUUUCUCAUCGCCUGAAGAUCUCUGCCUGAUGCUCCUGGGGAAUGAAUUGGGGGGCCGUAGAAAGAAAAUUGCCAGUCUGUCUCGGCGAGGCAGUGGCGAGGAUGCUUUUCUGCGGAGGCUUUACAUAACUUGUAAAUUAAAUGCGGAGCGAGGGUAGUUCAUUAAAAUUGGUAUCCCGGAAGUGGCCCGCCGGGGUUUGAAAACGCCGAGCUGCCAGGCUCAGACCUCUCCCCGAAUCAGCGCUGCCCUUCUCCGGGAAGUCACGGAAGGGAGCGAGUCACAGCAGACCCUGAUGGGGGGGGGGGGGGGGGGUGGCGGCAGCCCAGAGGCAGGCCCGGAAGGCUGUGAGCAUGCGUCUCCAGCGAGACCCCCCAGCCGGCUCACCCCUGCGCCCGAGUCCCGUCCGCUGCACCCCUAGUCCACGGGGCUCAGACUCCCCGGGUGUUAACUGGGGUGCACGAGGCCUCCCGCCCCUUGCCGGGGGGGAUCCAGACCUCCCUCCGUGGGGAUGUUCAGCUACAUCGGUGCCGCUGAAAAACAAGGUUUCGUUUUACUCGCUUUCAUUACAGAAACAUCUAGGAGACACGAACGCACACGAACGGUUGCGUCUGAUAGUUAGAAGGGAACCCGUGGAGGCAGGUGAGACGUGGUCUCGAGUCAUACAGUCACUUCCGAUGUUUUCCCUAAUGGAAUUAAUUCAUCACAGAAUGUCUGCAUCGACUCUGUAGAAGAGGCAGAAAAAGCCAGCAACCAAAAUACAGCUAUUACCUAACUUGCCGUAGAUAUUUGCAAUUACGAUACCUUGGAAUGUUGCCACAAUAUGGAUUGCUUUGAUUAAAAGAUGUCAGUUGAAUAAAACAGUACCCUGGGAUAAUAGUUUUCUGCUGCUAGAUAAAUGCUGAUGUUUAUUUUUAAACCAGGAAACAUUGAUCCUGUGACAAUGCCCUAUUAGAAUUACUUUAUUAUAGCACAGGGUUGACGUAUAUUUAAUCAUUUGGCUAAUGGACGUGGGUGCAGGACUGACGGACACUCACUGCAUCUUGAUGAGCGGCAGGAGCCCAGCCCGGCCUCUGCAGGCCCGGCUGCCGCCCCAGCCUUUCAUUUGACUCCCACCCAACGCCUUGGCCGGCCGCAGCCAAACAGGUUACCUUUGACUUCGCGUUUCCCUUCAGUGCACACCGGCUAGGGUAGACACAGCAGAUCUCUCAGCACGGUUUCAUUACGGCUCAGUGCUAACAAGGAUGCAUCGCUUUUUGUGAUUUAAAAACGAAUGUAGAUUAGCAUGCAUGUUUCUCAACGUCGUCUCCGUGGUUUUCCAUGUGAUACGAACAAGGUCUGGUUCUUUUUUUAAGAGCCGGAUGCCUGCAUUCCUAUCUUUCUUUUGUUAUCUUAGAAGUAAACUACACUCAGCUGUUACCCUCUCCCGCGGCAUUCAUAGAAGGAUAUUUUUUCCCAUUGACUCUUUUACUUGGAUUCAAGGGUCAGAAUUUACUGUCUGCAAUACUGAGACCAUGUGUACAAGAGCCACCCGCUUCCAACAGUCACUCAUCUGGCAAACACUUACCCGUUUACCUUCUGUGUGUUAGAUACUAUAGGAGAUGCGGAGGAAGUAAUCAAUGGGAGCGAUUUGUUUUUGUGUGUUCCAUUUGUAAGCAGCCUCGGUAAGGUGCCGCCAGCUUCUGUAUGCACGCAAGACGGCAAGAUGCAUUUGGCUCUCCGUUUCUGCGGCUCGCAUUUCCUUUCUUAAAGAAUUUAUAAACUGCUGCCAUUUGAAACUUCCUAUGAGAAACUCAGAGUGGUCUGUUUAAAGGUCCCCUUCACCUUCCCCUCUCCUCUCCUCUGUGAGCAGAGUCAUUUCGAUGGCACACGCCGUCCCUGGUCUGCCUUACGUCUUUCUCUCCGCAGUGUGUGGCGUGUGUUUUUGCCCUGACUUCGAUGUACAGGAACGUCUUGGGAAUCGAGUGUUUUAGGCGACGUCUUAGAAUGCUUUCGUGUUCUUAACGUUUCUUUUCUGUAUUUUAAGUUGUUAUUUCCUGUUUUGACAUAGAAUCCAUUUUAAAAGUUUGUGCAGGAAAGGCCUCUUUCCCAUCGUACAUUUUGGUUAUCUGAUAUGUAAUAAAUUCAUGGUUUUAUGGCUGACUUUACGUUUCCCGGAGGGAAGGAGAUGUAUUUCUGCAGCGCCCUGAUCGAAGGAGCCAUUCACAGCAUGUUCUUACAUGUUCCGUGUCAGCCUGAUGAGACCUGUCCGGCCGAGGCAUAAACUUUUGUACUAGCUGUCUCCGUAUUCUGUUCAAUAAAUUCUGUGCUCUGAAUAUAUUUAAA